UCAUAGAUUUAUGAGUAUUGCAUUCAUUCCUGCUUAGAUAGAGUUUUCAGAGCUAUACCAAAGUAAGAAGAAGAAGAAUUAGAGUUAAGAGAAGUUUGGGUAAGAUGGCUGGUCAUGGACCUGGUGGAGGUGGAGGUGGAGGGCCUGGUGGCGGCCAAGGAGGAGGAGGUCAAGGGGGCGGUCAAGGAGGAGGUGGCCAAGGAGGAGGUGGUCAAUGGGGUGGCCAAGGAGGAGGUGGUCAAGGUGGUGGCCAAUGGGGUGGUCAAGGAGGAGGUGGCCAAUGGGGUGGCCAAGGAGGAGGUGGCCAAGGAGGAGGUGGUCAAGGUGGUGGCCAAGGAGGAGGUGGCCAAGGAGGAGGUGGCCAAUGGGGUGGCCAAGGAGGAGGUGGUCAAGGUGGUGGUCAAUGGGGUGGCCAAGGAGGAGGUGGCCAAUGGGGUGGCCAAGGAGGAGGUGGCCAAGGAGGAGGUGGUCAAGGUGGUGGCCAAGGAGGAGGUGGCCAAGGAGGAGGUGGUCAAGGUGGUGGCCAAGGAGGAGGUGGCCAAUGGGGUGGCCAAGGGGGAGGUCAAGGAGGAGGUGGCCAAAGGGGAGGCCAAGGAGGAGGUGGCCAAGGAGAAGGAGAUGGCGGAGGUGGUCGAGGAGGAGGUGGUGGUGGAGGUGGUCAAGGAGGAGGAGGUGGUGGUGGUCCUGGAGGACGUUGAAAAUUUCAAGUGGAUGGCAAUUUGGGUGAAAAUAUUUGUGCAAGCAUGUAAUGUGUGAUCUUUUUCCCAAAUAAGCAUGUUUGUGAAAUACCAUAUUAUAGAUAUGCCAUAAUCUCUUGUAUAAGAGAAUUUAAGGGGUUAGAAAUUUCUCUUUUGUAAUUUGAUAUAAUGAGAGAAAUAAAACUAGUGCAGCUAUUAUAUGUUGUAUUA